GGGCGGUGAAAGAGGAAGCGGGAGCGCGGCGGGGCCGCCCGGCCGCCUCCUCUCGCCAUGCCGAGCCCCCGGAGCAGCCGCGAGCGACGCGCCGGCAGCAGCAGCAGCGGCCGCCCCGAGUUCCUGUCCCUCGUGAGCCAGCGCAGCACCGGCUCCCCCGACAGCCCGUCACGCCGCAAGGAGUCGGGCAGCUCCGCGGCGGCCCCGAUGCCCGAGGAGGACUGCAUGAAGCUGAACCCUUCCUUCGUGGCCAUCGCCCUCAGCUCGCUGCUCGCCAUCGACCUUUGGGCCUCCAAGCGCCUGGGCGUCUGCGCCGGAGAGGGCUCGGCCUGGGGCAGCGCCCGUCCCCUCAUGAAGGUCAUCGAGAUUUCAGGGCACGGCAUCCCCUGGCUGCUCGGCACCUUCUAUGGACUCUGCCAGAGCGACAGCUCAGCGGCCAGGGAGGUGCUGCUCAACCUGCUCUUCGCAUUGCUGCUGGAUCUCAUGAUGGUGGCAGUGGUGAAAGGGAUUGUCAAGCGGCCGCGGCCCACCCACAACAAGAUGGAUAUGUUCGUCACCAUCUCAGUGGACAAGUACUCCUUCCCAUCGGGCCAUGCCACCAGAGCUGCCCUGGUCUGCCGCUUUGUUCUGCGCCACCUGGUGCUGGCUGUCCCGCUGCGUGUCCUCAUGGUGCUCUGGGUUCUCAUUGUCAGCAUUUCAAGGGUCAUGCUGGGCAGGCACAACAUGACAGAUGUGCUGUUUGGCCUGCUGCUGGGCUACGUGCUGUACAGCGUGGUGGAGUACUGCUGGCUGUCCCCGCUCAGCGUGCCUGCCCUCUUUGCGCUCUGGAGCCAUUGAUGACUGGGUUCCUCUCAAAGGAGAAGGCAUGCACCUGGUAUUCUAAGCACGCACAAGGAGGGGAUACUGGGAUUUGAGCUCACACAUUGGACUCCACCAAGACUUCAACACUAGCAGCGCCGCAGGCUUCUGGGCCUGCAGUUAGACCUUUGUUAGCUGUCUUAUCCUGUUGGGCAGGGUGUGCACUGGCCAAGCAGCUGCACUGACUGUUGUCCCAUGAAAAACAAAAAAAAACCCAGUCCCUGCAGAGCCCCAGGAGGGCUCAGCACUUUCAUCUGGCAGCUCACAACUGAUACUGUGAAUCUGCAUGCUGUUGCUGGGCACCUGUUGCAUUAGCCCGUGGUGUAUGUGGUAGCUGUGGCUUUGCAGAGAUUUCUCUGAAAAUACAUUGAUCAUGUUACAAUCAUGAUGUGCCCUGCACAGCCUGGUCUAUAAAAUAUGCCUGGAGGGCACUCUCUAGGGUCUCUCUUCAGAUUAUAAAGAACUCUGCCUUCCUAA